GUGAAUACAUAAUCAACAAAUGUCACUAAAGAAUCAAAGAUGACAAACAAAGUACAUUUAGACGACAUUUUGGAGAAAUUCGGCGUAUGGGACCGUUACCAUACUGCAGCGACGGUUUGGUUGACACUGAUAAACGUGUUCAACUCCAUAGCAUACACCAACUAUGUGUUUAUCACCGAGGAGGUCAAAUACAGAUGCAAGCAUCAUUCUGAUAAUAGUAUGAACAUAAGUCAACUUAACAGAUCUGACUUUGGAGAUUGCCGAGUCGAUUCGUUCUGCACCGAGUGGGUCUAUGACGACCCGCGAAGCUUCGUGGCAGAGUUCGACUUGGCGUGUCAAGAAUGGAAACGGACUCUAGUUGGCACCAUGCACAGCUUUGGAUACAUGGUGGGAUUACUCAUCGUGGGACCUCUUUCAGAUAGGUUAGGAAGGAAAACUCUGACAGUCGUGACAUGUAUACUAGGGAGUUCACUCGGACUGGCGCGGAGCUUCACAACAAACUACUGGCUGUAUGUGACUCUAGAGUUUCUGGAGGCUGUGGUUGGAGAUCCUUGCUCUUCCUCCUUUAUGAUGGCUAUAGAAAUGGUCGCCACGGACAAGCGUGUCUUGUACACCACGAUCAGCGGUUUCGGCUACACAAUCGGGGGCAUUCUAUACCCUCUGUUUUACUGGCUCGUUCCUUAUUGGAGACACUUUCUUCAGGCAGUCUACGCGCCUGGUCUCCUAUUCAUUUUCUACAUAUACCUGAUUGAUGAGAGCCCACGAUGGCUCCUAACUAAAGGGAAGAAAAACGAAGCAGUGAUCAUCAUAGACGCAGCUGCUAAAAAGAACAAAUUGCAGUUGGAAAUGGAUAUAAAUCAGGUUUCUUACCAAGAAGAAAAAGGAGCAAACUUUUCGAGAGUUCUAAUGGAAACAUUCAAAUCAAAGUCAAUGUUAAAGAGAUUUUUCGUUUGCUCGGUAUGGUGGAUAGCUUCUACGUUUGUCAACCAUGGACUGACAAUUAACUCCAUCUCUCUGCAAGGAAACAAGUAUGUGAACUACGCUCUGACGUCCAUUGUAGAUGUUCCUGGACGAUUUGUUGUGGUUUACAUACUGAACAGGUUCAAGAGAAAGAUGCCUUUGAUAGUCACUUUCGUGGCAUGCGCCGUUCUGUGUGUUGCUCAACCAUUUGUUCCGAGCGCACUACCCUGGCUCUCCAUAACUCUGUACAUGUCGGGCAAGCUCAUGUCUUCGUUCUACUUCUCCAUCACCUACAUCUUCACAUCGGAGCUGUUCCCCACCUACACCAGGAACUCCAUGCACGCUCUGUGCUCCUCUGUGGGCAGGAUAGGCUCCAUCAUUGCUCCGCAAAUGCCUCUGCUGAUGGUGUACUGGUCCGGCCUUCCAUCCGUCAUCUUCGGCCUCGUUUCUCUGACGGCCGGCCUGCUCACACUGUUGGUGCCCGACACCACAGAGGACGCAUUGCCAGACACCGUACAUCAAGCAGAGAAGAUCGGCCAGUUCGAGGAGAACGAACUUGGCAAUAAGAAAUGCUCUUCUUGACAGCGGUAAA